AGCUCCCAGGGAUCUUUCAGCAACCCUUUACGAAAAAAUCGGCAAUCGAACACCAGAUUCGGAGGGGAGAGAAAAAAUUCAAAACAUAAAAAUACUAUAAUGAGCAGUGGGUGUAGAUUGUUCUGUAAAUCUUUAGCUCCCUCUCUCGCUUCUACUCAGUUCAGAUUCACAUCGUUUCCAGGUCUCACCUCUUCGUCAACUAGGGUUCGAAUGGCAACAGAAGCUUCUUCAUCUUCUUCUUCGUCUCCAUCCUCUAACCCCGCGUCCUCCGCCAUCGAUUUUCUCUCUCUGUGCCACCGUCUCAAGACGACCAAGAGAGCAGGAUGGGUGAAAAGAGAUGUUCAGAAUCCAGAAUCUAUCGCGGAUCACAUGUACCGAAUGGGAUUAAUGGCUCUUAUUUCUUCUGACAUUCCCGGCAUCAACCGGGACAAGUGUAUUAAAAUGGCGAUUGUCCAUGAUAUCGCAGAAGCUAUUGUUGGGGACAUCACUCCUUCUGAUGGGAUUCCAAAGUUGGAAAAGAGUCGACGAGAGCGGGAAGCACUAGACCACAUGUGCAAACUACUUGGCGGUGGGCCCAGGGCCAAGGAGAUAGAUGAGUUGUGGAUGGAGUAUGAAGAAAAUGCUUCAAUGGAAGCUAAGAUUGUCAAAGACUUUGACAAGGUGGAGAUGAUACUUCAAGCGUUAGAAUAUGAAAAUGAGCAAGGCAAGGAUUUGGAAGAGUUUUUCCAGUCAACUGCAGGGAAGUUCCAGACUGACACGGGCAAAGCAUGGGCCUCUGAGAUAGCAUCAAGAAGGAAAAAACAUUAGAUUCUACCGGGAAAUCUUUGUUACAGCUCCCCAUAAGUAGCAGCCACCUGUUCUUGUUCCCUAAAGAACUAAUUCCGAGCAAGGUAUAGGUCGAAACUUCUUGUGCAUUGUAACAGUGUCGUUAAUUGGAAUGCCUUUUGAUCCCCAUGCCCAAGAGGCGACUCACUGUCUAUUAAGCUGGAUUUUUACUAGGCAUAAUAAUGCCUAUUUAACGGCACAGCUGCUAUUGAUCAAAAAGCUAAUUUGCUCUUACACCCAUCAAGUGAUUGAUUUGAUUCGUUGUAUGUCCUAGGACACCCUGGACUACAAAUUUGAUGUGAAAAUUAUGGCAGAAAAUUCUGCCUGUCAUGAUUUUGAUUUUGACUUCACUGCUAAUACCAAAACUGUUGGGGCA